AUGGAGAGGUGGAGAGGCUCUAGAGAGGAGGGGAAUGAAGGAAAUAAAGAUCAGUGCAGUUUGGAAUCUGGAAAAGAAUUCUGUGGCAGGAGUGCUGAACAGAUCCACACUAGAGUACACACGGGAGAGAAGUCAUAUUGCUGUACUGAAUGUGGUAAACAGUUUUCACAAAUGAGCAAUCUGAAGAGCCACAUUAGAGUUCACACCGGUGAGAAGCCGUAUUGCUGUAACGAAUGUGGUAAACAGUUUUCAGAUGUGAGCAGUCUUCAGACACACACUCGAGUUCACACCGGAGAGAAGCCUCUAAAGAACCACUCUAGAGUUCACACGGGAGAGAAGCCAUAUUGCUGUACUGAAUGUGGUAAACCGUUUUCAGAAAUGAGCAGUCUUCAGAGACACACUAGAGUUCACAACAGAAUAAAGAGGGUAGCAGUUCAAAAAUCAGUCCAGAAAAACAAGCACCC